AUGAACAAUCAGUUAUCGGUCCACUUAAUAAUUGAUCAUGAAUAUUUUUAUCAUAAUUCCUGUUCUAUCUAUCUAUCUAUCUAUCUAUCUAUCUAUCUAUCUAUCUAUCUAUCUAUCUAUCUAUCUAUCUAUCUAUUCUCAGUUUGUUUCUAUCUAUCUAUCUAUCUAUCUAUCUAUCUAUUCUCAGUUUGUUUCUAUCUAUCUAUCUAUCUAUCUAUCUCUCAGUUUGUUUCUAUCUAUCUAUCUAUCUAUCUAUCUAUUCUCUGUUUCAGUUUGUUUCUAUCUAUCUAUCUAUUCUAUUUGUUUCAUUCAUCUAUUCUCAGUUUGUUUCUAUCUAUCUAUCUAUCUAUCUAUUCUCAGUUUGUUUCAUCUAUCUAUCUAUCUAUCUAUCUAUCUAUCUAUCUAUUCUCAGUUUGUUUUUCUAUCUAUCUAUCUAUCUAUUCUCAGUUUGUUCUGUCUUCAUCUAUCUAUCUAUUCUCAGUUUGUUUCUAUCUAUCUAUCUAUCUAUCUAUUCUCAGUUUGUUUCUAUCUAUCUAUCUAUCUAUCUAUUCUCAGUUUGUUUCUAUCUAUCUAUCUAUCUAUUCUCAGUUUGUUUCUAUCUAUCUAUCUAUCUAUUCUCAGUUUGUUUCUAUCUAUCUAUCUAUCUAUUCUCAGUUAGUUUCAUCUAUCUAUCUAUCUAUUUGUUUCUAUCUAUCUAUCUAUCUAUUCUCAGUUUGUUUCUAUCUAUCUAUCUAUCUAUUCUCAGUUUGUUUCUAUCUAUCUAUCUAUCUAUUCUCAGUUUGUUUCUAUCUAUCUAUCUAUCUAUCUAUUCUCAGUUUGUUUCUAUCUAUCUAUCUAUCUAUUUAUCUAUCUAUCUAUCUAUUCUCAGUUUGUUUCUAUCUAUCUAUCUAUCUAUUUGUCUAUCUAUCUAUUCUCAGUUUGUUUCUAUCUUCUAUCUAUCUAUCUAUCCUCUGUCUAUCUAUUUAUCUCUAUCUAUCUAUUCUCAGUUUGUUUCUAUCUAUCUAUCUAUCUAUCUAUCUAUCUAUCUAUCUAUUUAUCUAUCUAUCUAUCUAUUCUCAGUUUGUUUCUAUCUAUCUAUCUAUCUAUCUAUUUAUCUAUCUAUCUCUCUAUUCUCAGUUUGUUUCUAUCUCUCUAUUCUCAGUUUGUUUCUAUCUCUCUAUUCUCAGUUUGUUUCUAUCUCUCUAUUCUCAGUUUGUUUCUAUCUAUCUAUUCUCAGUUUGUUUCUAUCUAUCUAUCUAUUCUCAGUUUGUUUCUAUCUAUCUAUCUAUUCUCAGUUUGUUUCUAUCUAUCUAUCUAUUCUCAGUUUGUUUCUAUCUAUCUAUUCUCAGUCUGUUUCUUCAUUUAUUUUCUCAGUUUGUUUCUAUCUAUCUAUCUAUCUAUUUUCAGUUUGUUUCUAUCUGUCUAUCUAUUCUCAGUUUGUUUCUCAUUUUCUCAGUUUGUUUCUAUCUAUCUAUUCUCAGUUUGUUUCUAUCUAUCUAUCUAUCUAUCUAUCUAUCUAUCUAUUCUCAGUUUGUUUCUAUCUCAUUCAUUUUAUCUAUCUAUCUAUUUUAUUUCUAUCUAUCUAUCUGUUCUAUCUAUCUAUCUAUUUAUCUAUCUAUCUAUUCUCAGUUUGUUUCUAUCUAUCUAUCUAUCUAUCUAUUUAUCUAUCUAUCUCUCUAUUCUCAGUUGUUUGUUUCUAUCUAUCUCUCUCAUUUGUUUCUUUAUCUCUAUUCUCAGUUUGUUUCUAUCUAUCUAUUCUCAGUUUGUUUCUAUCUAUCUCUAUUCUCAGUUUGUUUCUAUCUAUCUAUCUAUUCUCAGUUUGUUUCUAUCUAUCUAUUCUUGUUCUAUUUCUAUCUAUUCCUAGUUUGUUUCUAUCUAUCUAUUCUCAGUUUGUUUCUAUCUAUCUAUCUAUCUAUUUUCAGUUUGUUUCUAUCUAUCUAUCUAUUCUCAGUUUGUUUCUAUCUAUCUAUUCUCAGUUUGUUUCUAUCUAUCUAUCUAUCUAUCUAUCUAUCUAUCUAUCUAUCGUGA